CUGUGGCAACGCUUCGAUUUCCAAAAACCAUUUGUUAUUAUUGCUGUGGAUCUGCCCAUUAUUAUUUGUUGUAAAUAAAGAUUGGAGCAAAUUAUGCCAUGUCAUCGUCCAACCAGGCCGAGGAGACUACCCCGAACCUCCACGUGGAGGAUGGAGACUUAUCCGGAGGCGCCUUGCAGCAGGAAUUCCUCUACUGCGAGAGCUGCGGCAAUGUAUACGAGGACACCGAGUCUUACGACAGGGCCCACGGUCCGCAGGCCGGCUGCUGCACCGGCGCUAGCGGGGAAUUGGAUUUCAUCGAGGAGGUCGCCGAAGAUUGCAUUUCGGAAGAGGUCGGGGAAGAGGACAUUGUCUACGCAGACGUACCCCUCUGGGAGCUGGUGGAGGAAGUUCCGGCCAACGUGAAGGCGGAGAAGGACCAAAACGAGCCUAGCAAUUCCGAUCGCUACUUCUGUUACGACUGCCACAGCAUUUUCGAGAACCGAAAUAAAGCUGAGGAGCACAUAUGUCCGCGGGCGGAAUCCGGCGGGUCCAGCCAACAAGAUGGCGAUGCGAAAGCACCCGUCCGGCGAAAGUUGGCCAGUGUCAGUGCAAGGACGGGUCCGAGAGACGCAUCAUCCGUUAUUAGCUGCGGAAUCUGCAACACCGUUUUUAGCUCGGAGAAGUUUCUCAAAUUCCACAUGCGCAUUCAUGAGAAUCGAGCUCCCAAGAGCAUUCAGGACGCCCUUCCUAUAGGCGCCCAUCAGCAGUACAGCGAGCUGGACCAGUUCUACUGCGAAAUAUGCAACAAAAGCUUCGAUGAAACCCUCCUGACGGUACACAAACAGAUGCACCAACAGGAAUCUAGUGAGAUUAUGUGCAGCAUUUGCAACCGGAAGUUUGAGAACGAAGUUACCUAUCAGAUGCACCAAAAAAUCCAUGAGAAACCGCGCGACUCCGAGUCCUCCCGUAAAUUAGCCCAGCGUACUAGUCUCGAUAAGGAGAAACCCGGGUUUCCCUGCCAGUACUGCGAGAGGGUGUUCACCCGCCCCUUUGAAAAAGUCAAGCACGAACGGGUCCACACCGGAGAAAAGCCUUACGCCUGCGAGGUCUGCGGCAAGACAUUUCGGGUGUCAUAUUCCCUGACCCUUCAUCUGCGUACCCACACCAACAUUCGGCCGUAUGUGUGCACGGUGUGCAACAAGCGCUUUAAAUCGCACCAAGUGUACUCCCACCACCUGCGCAUCCACAGCUCCGAACGACAGUUUUCAUGCGAUGCGUGCCCCAAGACUUUUCGGACCUCCGUGCAGCUGUACGCCCACAAAAACACCCACACCAAGCCUUACCGGUGUGCCGUGUGCAAUCGCCCAUUUUCUUCGAUGUACGCCGUCAAGAAUCACAUGCAGACCCAUAAGGAGAUCAGCAGCAAAGGAAGUGUCGGCUCUGGUACGCCGAACAUUAAGAGUGCGGCCACCUCGAAGAGCCAGGCAGCUGGGAAGUUCUAUUGUAAUACUUGUGGAGCUGAGUACGCACGUCUCUUCGCCCUGCGCCUGCACAUGAAGUCGGCUCACGGUUUGGUGGAGGAGCAGGAGAAUCCCGCCACCUCAACUGAUGCUGCACACGUCGCUGAGACCGAUGAUUCCGAGACUGCGGUGUUGAUAGCGGCAGCCGAGGCAGAUGCCGCUUACAUAAACGCUGUGGUAAACGAUGUAGACAUCGUGGGCACCGUACCCACCUACGAAGAGUGCGUUGUGUUUGACGUGGAUAACUUCCACAGCGAGGAAGUUAUUACAGAUUGGCUUAAGUAGCAGUUCACAGUUUUACAUCCAAUAAAUAUUUGUCUCAAAAAU